UAGCUCAUGGUUGUUUGUUGGAGUAACAAAAGCGCACUAGAAACCAGGUCAACUUUCUUUGGUUGGUGAAGGUCUUAAUAGGCCAACAAAAAUGAAGAAAAGAACACAAAAUUACAAUUAGAAAGAGUACUUUUUUCCUCCCUUUUGUUGUGCUGUUGUGUGCUAUCAUUUGAUUAAGUUUUCAAGCCAAAUCCACUCUUCAGGUUGAAAAUAUUUUGUGUUGGAAUUCUGGGUUCUGUUUGAUUUGAUAGAAUCUUGUUGUGGGUUAAUGGGAGCUUGUUGGAGCAACCGAAUCAAGGCUGAGAGUCCUUCUCUUACGGACUCCUUUAUGUUUGCCUUUCAUGUAGAAGUGAAUUCAAGAGGUGGAAAGAACUUAAGCUGUUCUAGUAGCAAGGUUUCUUCAGCUUCUGUACCUCAAACGCCGAGGAGCGAGGGCGAGAUCUUGCAGUCAUCGAAUCUAAAGAACUUCAGCUUUAAUGACUUAAAAACCGCCACCAGAAACUUCCGGCCUGAUAGCGUAGUAGGAGAAGGCGGUUUUGGCUCAGUCUUCAAAGGAUGGGUUGAUGAGCAUACGUUAUCAGCUACCAAACCUGGUACCGGCAUGGUGAUCGCUGUGAAGAGACUUAACCAGGAAGGAUACCAGGGCCACAAGGAAUGGCUGACAGAAAUUAACUAUCUUGGGCAGUUCCAUCAUCCUAAUCUGGUGAAGUUGAUCGGUUACUGUUUAGAGGACGAGCAUCGACUCCUGGUAUACGAGUUCAUGCCUCGUGGUAGUAUGGAGAAUCAUUUAUUCAGGAGGGGAUCACACUUCCAGCCUCUUUCUUGGACCCUUCGAAUGAAAAUUGCCCUUGGUGCUGCGAAGGGGCUUGCCUUUCUUCACAGUGCUGAACUGAAAGUUAUAUAUCGUGACUUCAAGGCUUCGAAUAUCCUGCUUGAUUCAAACUACAAUGUUAAACUCUCUGAUUUCGGUAUGGCCAGGGAUGGACCAACAGGUGAUAAGAGCCAUGUAUCGACAAGGGUAAUGGGAACCUACGGAUAUGCAGCUCCAGAGUAUAUAGCCACAGGUCAUUUGACUGCCAAGAGUGACAUAUACAGCUUUGGAGUUGUUCUUCUGGAAAUGUUAUCCGGGCGACGAGCCAUUGACAAAAAUCGGCCGUCUGGAGAACACAACCUUGUCGAAUGGGCAAAACCUUACCUGGUCAACAAGCGUAGAAUAUUUCGUGUUAUGGAUCCCCGACUUGAAGGGCAGUACCCACUGUCUCAGGCACAGAGGGCAGCCGCUCUUGCACUUCAAUGCCUCGCCACGGAAGCCAAGAACAGGCCAGAAAUGGAUGAGGUGGUAAAAGUAUUAGAAGAGCUUCAGGAAUCAGGAAACACACAAAAACAUUCUCUAAAAGAGCACCACAGGAAAGGUCAAGUUCAUUCAAAUGAUAAAAAAACUGCUUAUCCUAGGCCUUCUGCUUCCCCUGUUCGUGCGUAGGGAAAGAUGAUCUGCCUCGGUUGCUACAGGAUGGCAAACAGAGUUCAAGAGUUUCUGUAUUAUAACCAAGUUUGAGAUUUGUACAGUUUUUGUUUAGGUUACAUUUUGACAUCUGAAACAUUUUCCGAUGAGGCCCCAGAGGCCUGAGGAUUGCAUAUCUUUCUCUAAAAAUUUAGUUGUGUUAGAAAACAGAGUUUGGAAUAUGCAUGACAUUCUGUGACAUGUAUCUGAGCUUAUUUGAGUUCUUGGACUGAUGUUACCAAGGUUGUACAUACGGAGUUAUUGAAUCCAUUGAUCUCCCUAUCAUAAAA